AUGAAUGAACAUUUUUGCCCGAAUAUUCCAUUAGCUUUUCAGAUCGUCGUUUCCAAACCAUACAUUUUUGAAUGUGUACUGUACAAACCAAUCAACGUCGAGGAAAGUACAUUGAAGCUAAUAGAUGGUGUAGCUCAGUUUAACCUCAAGAAAUCUAAUGCUGAACAAUGGAAUCAAUUAACAUUAGAUGACAUGAAGGACAGAAAUCGUCUGUUACAAAUAAAACAAAAUGCUGUACUUGAGCAUCAAGAACGCGAAAUGAAGCGCACUAAAGCGAAAAAAGAAAUGAAUGUAAAAGGCGACAAAUAUGCGUUGGAACAGAUUAUGAAAUUAGAAAAUAUAUCUCGUGAAAAAAUUAAACUUGAGAAAGAGGAGGCUGGUAAACAGGCAAUAAUGGAGUUUGUAAAUGCUUGUAAUGAAUCUAGCCAAGAAGAUAUUGAAUUGGAAAACAAAAUUAAAGAAGCCCGAGCAUUCGCUAAACAAUGUACAAUAAGAACAAUAAGUGAUCAAAACAAAACGAACUUAAUUGGAAAUGCCCCAAAACGUCCAGAAUUUAUUGAGAAACCAAUAGAUUUGCCGGUGAGGACUUCGUCUACGAUCGAAGUUAAAUUUACACCUCGAGUAUUUCCUACACCUGAGAGAGAGUCUACAAAACAAGCUGAGGAGGAGUGGUUAAGUAAACAGGCUGAGUACCGAAGAAAAUUAUUGGAUCGUGUUGUACCCGAUGAUUUAUCCAGGAAUGAAUUAGAUCCUAUAUGGUUACGUAAAAAAGGAGACUCAUUAUUUCAAGCUGGAGAUUAUGAAGCUGCUGUUAUUGCAUACACAGAAGCUAUAAAGCAAAAUCCAAAACUACAUUCAGCCUAUUCAAAUCGAGCCGCAUGUCACUUACAAUUACGAAAUUAUUUUAAAGCUCUAGAAGAUAGUUCAAUGGUAUUAGAUCUCUGUGUACCGCCUGUACCACAAAAUUUGAAAUCACGUGUACGUGCCCAUAUUAGACGUGGCGCGGCAUUUUGUAAUUUACAAUUGUAUAAAGAAGGUCUUAUCGAAUAUAAAGCUGCACAAAAGCUUCAGCCGGAAGAUGAAACAAUCAGAGCGGACAUUGAAAAGUUAGAGAAAUUUGUAAAUCAAGAACAGUUAAUAAAUUGUUAAUCCAUUU